AAGAAAAACCCAAAGCAAAAGUGCGAAAAUUCUCCCCCGUCUUCGGAUCAAUCAGCGGUAAAAGCAUAGUGGGUGUGUGCAGAAUUCUUCUGGAGAUUUGGAGCGUCUUUUUUGGAUACGGAAAAUCUAUACUUCCCUCUUUGCCGACAAAAGGAUGCGGCUGUAGGAGAGGCUACUUGUGACCAGGAGGCAUUCGAGAUCGAAGGAACCCACAUAGCAUAGAAGUGGUCAUGUCGCAGCAAGUGUUCUCGGCGCAUCCAGCGCUGGCGGUGGAGCAGCUGCAGCAGGCGGAACAGGAGGAGAACAACAACCCGAGUAGCAGUAGUAAUCAUUACCAGCAGCAGCAGCGAUCGGCGGCGGCACAGAGCAGGCGGCAUGCCAAGGCCACGCCCAAGAAGUUCACGCUGAGCAGGAGCUGUGCCGGCGGAUCGGGAACCCUGAGCGGAGUCCACCAGCAGCAAGUCACAGCGCCCAGUUCAUCACAACCCGCCAUCAGUCCGGAGUCCAGGAAAACCCUGCCGGUGCGAACAAAUUACGCGGCGGUGGACGAUGACGACGACAUCGAGUGCGAGGAUGUGGAUGAGGUGAACUUUGGCCAGCAGCAGAAGGAGAAGGAGACAACCGGCAGCCGGCAACCAACCAAAGACUGUGGCACCGAUGAGACGGAUCAUGUGCAGCUGCGCCACAAAAACGCCACAUCGACGACGACAACGAGUAGGCAUCAUCACCAAGACGGAGGAGGUGGUGACCAGAGUGAUCUGAGCAGCGUGAUCAGCUCGCCGUCGGUUAGCACAGUCUCCUCGCCCCUUUCCACGCCCACCCGGUUGCCACAGGCGCUGCAGCAGCAGCUGCACUGUUGCCAGAAAUCCAGUGGAAUGGAAUCCCGGGCGAGAACGUCGCCCCAACAAAUCCAGCAUCCGCACAGGCAACACCACCACCAGCAGCAGCAGCACCAUCAUCACCACCAUCAUCAUCAUCUCACGGCAGCGGGUUGUGCGGGGGGAGGAGGAGGAGGAGGUGGUGGAUCCUCUGGAGGAUCCGCAUCCUGCAAGGCCAAGAAGCUCGAUCCUCGACUGAAUCCCUCACCCUAUCGCCAGCUAUUGCCCAUCGCACUGUGCCUGCUCUCCUUCGCGACUGUUUUCGCCACAUUAAUAGUUUACAUGGAUACGACAGAGAUUCGCCAUCAACAGUUUCGGCUGAACAUGUCGCGCGACUACGAGCUGAAUGGGGUUGCGCAAGACGAUCCCGCACUCAUUGCAUUCCUGCGCCAGAUCCACAUGGGCAAGUACCUGGGCAAGGCGUCGCCCAAGGUCGCGUCAGUGGGUCCGCCGCCCAAUUCCCCCCGCCUUGCCGCCACCGCCGGAUCGACGUUCGGCAACAGCAACAGUAGCGGCAGCGGAGCCGAUCAGCUGGCCCACUAUGUGGCCGAUCUGGUGGGCGGGAAGAUGAAUGGAGCGGUGAUCCAGUCGCUGAGCGGUCCGCUCGCCCAUCUGAUCACGGCCCCCUGGCUGAGCGAGCAGCUCAACUGGAUGGGCGUGCUGGUGGAGCCGGAGCCGCGAUGGUACUUCACGUUGCGCAAGCAGAAUGCCCAGCGGGCGCGCAUGCAGGUGGUGCACGCCUGCGUAUCGCCCAAUACCUAUCCCAAAGAGAUUACCAUACACAACGAGGAUGUGCGCAUCAAUAGUCUGCACGACGAGGAGACCUCGUGGUUCAACUCGCGUGUCAAAUGCUUUCCGCUCUACACAAUCAUGCUGGCAUGUGAGCGCACCGAAUACGAUCUGCUUAGUCUGGGCGUACAGGGGCAUGAGCUGGAGAUCUUGCAGACGCUGCCCUUCGACAAAGUCAAAAUCGAUGUGAUAUCGAUACAUUUGCUCGAGGACCACGAGGACGUGCACGACUAUGUGCUGGACAUCACCAGGUUCCUGGCGGGCAAGUCCUACAAGCUGCAGCGCAAGAUCGGGCGGAACUACUUCUACCAGCGGCUCAAUGCCAGCGCCAGUCGCACGCGCAAGAAAGACAUCCUGCUGCUGAAGACGCCCUAGGUUCGACCACUGAAACAAACGAUCGAAGGAUCCUACUGGGAAUUAGAUGCCCCCGACGACAUCGAAGUGAAGACAAGCGUUAAAAAUCGAGAAAAUGAAAGUAGCUACUGAAAGAGAUCAAGAAAACACUUGGAGAGAUUAGCGAAACUCUCAAACUGAACUCUAUGUUAGAAUGAUAAUUAUUACUAUACAUACGCGACACUAACGAUAUCGUUUAUAUAUACUGUAUACCGAUUAUGAUAUAUUGUACGAGUAGAAUCUUAGUUUUUGUAAAACUCAAAUCUCCUUUUCCCUCCCCCCAAAAACAUAUUAUAUCGCCUUUAUGUUAUUAUUUUCAUUUAUUUUUUGUCGAAAUUGUUUUUUUGUGCGCGUGUAUCGAGCAGAGUACACAGAACAAAAUUGUGUUGAAUACAAAACAAAAAACACAUUACUAUAUACAUAUAUGCAUAUAACGUAUUAUGAUUUGCUAUAAGCUAUACUAAAUGAAUGUUAAUCUAAGAGUACGCACGCCCGCCCGCCCCUUUUCGAUGUAUAAAUUAAAUUGCAACUGGCGCGGCGAGUUCGGAUUAUGAACGAGAAAUUAUUGUAACUGCUCUGCUACUAGGCUUAGGUCGGCUAUCUCCUACAAACUAUCCAAUUAUCUAUCUAUGCAAGUUUAUGUUAUAUCCAAUGCUUUAUCUAGUAAUCCAUAAGUAAGCGAAACCUAACGUAAAUUAUUGUUUAAACUGGCGCCGGACGACGAGGAAACAGAAGCGCAAAACUAAAUACAGAAAUAUUUAAAUUAUAUUAAAUUAUUGAACCAAACCAAGCACAUCCAUAUACACAUUCACAUAAACACCACCAUUGUACACACAUACACACACUAGCGCAAGCGAAUAAAUAUAUAGAAAACUCAUUUGCAAAAUCUGCUUUCAACUCAUCUCAUACUCAUAGUUACAACAUAAGCGAACCGUUAAAUUAAAUAACAAAAAUGAAGAAUCGAAGGAAUCGAAUUAGAAAACGAGGCAGCAUUCAAAAGAAUAUUACACAGCAAUUACGAAAUAGAGCAAAAAUCGAAUGAACACCCAAGAACACUCACACUACACUCAUGCACAUCUUAUGUACUAAAGGUACUAGCGAAUAAACAAAGUAAAUAAAUGUAAAUGUAGCGCAACGGAAUUAAAUGUAAAACCACUCGUAUUUCAAUUACAUUUUAGUAAUGAUUAUGUAUUAUUAUUUUUUAUGUGCACACUUGGACACAGCUAAAGAUCGGUGACAGUUGUUGCAAGUGCCGCGAACUCGUUGCACCUCGCCCCCGCCCCAAAAAAAAGAAAAUAUAACUCACACAACACACAGACUUAUAGCCAGAUACACAGAUAUUAAAUUGAGAGCCGAGUAGAGAAUCAGUGCCUUCGACUUAGACUUGAAACGAAAACCAAAAUCUAAGCAUAACUCAUAUUGAAAUCGUUGUACAUAGAGAAAGAGAGAGAGCAUUGAGCAGCAACCGUCACUAGCAGAACAUUUGUUGUUACCAUUUGCCGUCUGUUAAACUUGCCUUACCGAUGAUGAGACGACGGUGAUGCCCACAGUCUUCACUCAGUUACCACACUCAAAUCCGUCACAACUAUAAACUAUAUAACUACAGAAACUCGAAACUAAAUCACAAAACAAAACACAUCACCUUAGUCCUAAGUACAGUGCUAAUGUCUGUUUUUUUAAGCCUAAUUCUAAUUACUUAGUUGUAUCUUGUGUAAAUUAGCGUUUAACCAAAUUUUAAGUAGGCUAUUAUGAUAACCAUUUGAUUUUGGCCUUGUCCAUAGCACAUACAUCCCGCAUUGCAUCACGCCCCACAAAAAAGAAAAGAAUACCCAUACCAUACACACCACAUACACAAGCAAAAGGCUAACUCAUGCUAAGCUCGACAUCGAACUAGAAAUUGUAUUUACAGCGAGCCUAAAACUAAGGAAACAAAAUUUAUAGUUAAUAUAAAAAAUAAAGAAUCAAAAACUUAUGAAA